AAAACAUAAAAAAAAGUAGAGAGAGAAAGUUGAGAGCUAGAGAGAGAAAGUUGAGAGGGACCCCACAGUGGGAAGGAAGCAUGCCAUCAUCAGUAGUUGUACCAACGCGGUGUCUAGUUUAGAGAAUCUAGUGAGAGAUUACAUUGAAAAAAGAAAAGUAAAAUUCACAGAACUCCAUCUUCUCGUGUUUGCUUCUCAUCUACUCAAUAAAAACUCAGAGACACCACACCAACAUCCCAAUAUAUACAUACCCCUCUCUCUCUCUCUCUCUCUCACUCAUCUAAAUAAGACAUAUAUAUAUAUAUAUAUACACACACACACACACAUAUAUCAGCAGGUGAUACAAAGAAUCAUAGAUAGUGCAAGCAACACUUGAAAAUUUUGAAGGGUCUUUGUUGAAAGUUCUCUCUUGGCUAAUGGAUUUGGAAUCAGAAAUUCAAGUCUCCCAACAACAACAACAACAACAGCAGCAGCAGCAGCAGCAUGAAAAACAGCACUUUCAUGUGUUGGCAGUGGAUGAUAGUCUCAUUGACAGAAAGCUCUUGGAGAGACUCCUCACUGUUUCUUCAUACCAAGUGACUUGUGUGGAAUCCGGGAAUAAAGCUUUGGAGUACUUGGGAUUGCUUGAUAACACAGACAGUGAUUCUAAAAGUGCUACUGAUACUACUACUUGUACAUCUUGUUCAUCCAAACAAUCACAACAAGAGGUGCAUGGGUCCAAAGUCAACUUAAUCAUGACAGAUUACAGUAUGCCAGGGAUGAGCGGUUAUGAUUUGCUCAAAAGAGUCAAGGGAUCUUCUUGGAAAGACAUACCGGUGGUGGUCAUGUCAUCAGAGAAUGUACCUUCUAGAAUCAAUAUGUGUUUGGAAGGAGGAGCAGAAGAGUUCUUGUUAAAACCAGUUCAACUAUCAGACUUGAGGAAGCUUCAAUCUCACCUCAUAAAGCCUCUUGACAAUUGUUGUAAAAUCAUCGACAACAAUAAUAUCGUUGACAACGAAAACAAACCGAAGAACCACAACAACAAUAACAGCAGCAACAACAAUAACGAUAAAAGUGGCAACAAUGCUAACAAGAGGAAGGCAAUUUCUCCAGAUCAAUCCUCAGAGAGAAGACAUAAAAUGAAAGAAUUGAUGUGUUACAACUAACAUUUUGAGGUUUUGUUACAUAUACUAUAUAUAUAUAUAUAUAUAUGCAUGGCUAGUGUACCAUCUUUUUGUAUUGACUUGAUUAACACUACAGUUUCAUACUAUAAUAUGGCAAAGCUUUCUGGGAGUA